GAAUGAGGGUUUUUAGGGGAACAGUUCAAGAACAAGAUGGCUGUCCUGGGGCAAGAAAAGUAUCCUUCUUCUUCCACAUAAACACGGCGUUGUGAUGCGGGCGUCAGUUUCAUGUAAAUAGCGUACUAGGUAACAACUUUAAUAGAUUAUUAGGUAACGUUAACAACUUUAAACGCUUUAAAGGCAUUGCUUUAUAACGGAGGACAUCGCUUUCUGAGACGCAAUUGAAGCUCGGAAAGUUUUCUUAGCGGUUUGUUGAGAGUGAAAACUAACUUACUGACGCUGGCUAUGCGCUUUUGCAUAACGGUUAACUUUUUUCAGAUGCACCGCACUAGAUAAAAGAAAUAAAUAGCUAGCUAACUGGACCAUGAGUUCCUCCCGAGUCAGACCGCAGCAGCUAAAGUUACCGCAGAGCCAGACUGGCAGGUUGCCGCACAGACUAGACUCAAGCGAAGGGAUAGAGAUGGAGAACAUCCAGCAUCAAGACCUCGGGCUCGGAGGAGUAAUAGGCACCCCGUCUCCUCCGUCAAGACAAGCGUGGAGUCGGGAUAACCCGGGUUUUGAGCCUGAGGAUGAGAUUAUGGAAGCCGACUGGCCUCCAGCGAGUCCCGGGAGGAGGUCGGUGUCCACGGCCUCUAGCAGCAGCUGCAGCAGCGGCCUAGGCAGCUACACCGGCGCGGCCAGCAGCACCCACAUCCCCCGAGGAGGACUCUACCCGACCCCGACAGUGGAUGCCCGGCAGCAGGACAGGCAUGACCACCGAGGCUGUAUGAAGCAGAUACUCCAAAAGAUCAGAAUUCUGUGGGGCACAGAGCUGAUGGAGGACAGUGACAACAGUCGAGAGAGGUACCUCAGGAACGUCCUGAGGGAGAUGGUUACAUAUAUCACAUUCCUCAUCACUAUUUGUAUCUUGACUUAUGGGAUGGUGAGUGCCAAUAUGUACUACUAUACCAAAGUCAUGUCUCAGCUUUUCCUGGAUACACCGCUGUCUGCCGGGGACCCUUCCUCUUUUAGAAGCCUCUCAACCAUGGAGGAUUUCUGGAAGUUCACAGAGGGACCUUUCCUCAAUGGCAUGUACUGGGAGGUGUGGUACAACAAUAAGAGCCUGCCAGAGAAUCAGAGUCUUAUCUACUAUGAGAACCUCCUCCUCGGGGUGCCACGGCUCCGGCAGGUCAAAGUCCGCAACGAGUCCUGCUCCAUCCACGAAGAUCUGAGAGAUGAAGUUCACGACUGCUACAACAUGUACACCCCAACCAACGAAGACACAACCUCCUUUGGCCCCAAGAAAGGAACCGCGUGGGUGUAUACAGCAGAGAGUAACAUGAAUGGGAGCGGUUAUUGGGGCCAGAUAUCUAAAUAUGGAGGUGGAGGAUACUACCAAGACCUGUCUCGUACGAAAGAGGAGUCAGCAACCCAACUGCAGUUUCUGAAAGACCACCUGUGGUUGGACAGAGGCACCAGAGCGGUGUUUUUGGACUUCUCGGUCUACAAUGGGAACAUCAACCUUUUCUGCAUUGCCAGGUUGUUGGUGGAGUUCCCUGCUACUGGUGGGGUGGUGACUUCCUGGCAGUUCCAAACAGUGCGUCUGAUACGAUAUGUGUACAGCUGGGACUACUUUGUGGGUCUGUGUGAGGUGGCAUUCUGUCUAUUCAUCCUCUACUACGUGGUGGAGGAAGUGCUGGAGAUCCGCAUCCACCGCUUGCAUUACUUCAAGAGCUUGUGGAACUGUCUGGAUGUUCUCAUUGUCGUGUUGAGUGUUGUUGCCAUCAUCAUGAACAUAACCAGAACAGCCAUGGUUGGCAACCGUCUGAAAGGCCUGUUGGAGAACCACACUGCUCACCCCAGCUUUGAGCCUUUGGCCAACCUGCAGGUUCAGUUCAAUAACGUGGCCGCAGUCAUCGUCUUUUUUUCCUGGGUCAAGCUUUUUAAGUUCAUCAACUUCAAUAAGACCAUGAGUCAGCUGUCUGGCACCAUGUCUCGCUGUGCCAAAGACCUUGUCGGUUUUGCCAUCAUGUUCUUCAUCAUCUUCCUGGCGUAUGCUCAGCUAGCCUACCUGGUGUUUGGAACCCAAGUCAACGAUUUCAGCACUUUCCAAGCCAGCAUAUUUACUCAGUUCCGUAUCAUUCUGGGAGACUUUGAGUUCUCAGAAAUAGAGGAGGCAAACCCAGUUCUCGGACCUAUCUACUUUACAACCUUUGUCUUCUUCAUUUUCUUUAUUCUCAUGAACAUGUUCCUGGCCAUCAUUAAUGACACAUACUCUGAGGUGAAGGCCGACAUGUCCCAGCAGAGGACUGAGAUGGAAAUGACUGAUCUCAUUAAAAAGGGUUGUAACAAAGCUUUGAUGAAGUUGAGACUGAAGAAGACGGCAGUAGACGACAUCUCCGACAGUUUGCGCCAGGCCGGGGGCAAACUAAACAUUGAUGAACUCCGCCAGGACCUUAAAGGAAAGGGCCACACAGACGCAGAGAUUCAGGCCAUCUUUGCCAAGUAUGAUCGCGAUGGCGACCAGGAGCUGACGGAGCAUGAACACCAGCAGAUGAGAGACGACCUGGAGAAAGAGAGAGAGGACUUGGAUCUGGAACGCAAUUCGCUGACUAGACCCAGCAGCGGGCGGAGCUUCCCUCGUACCCAGGACGACUCGGAGGAAGACGAUGACGAGGAUAGCGGCCACAGCUCUCGACGCCGUGGCAGCAGCUCAGGGGGUGUCUCCUAUGAAGAGUUUCAAGUGCUGGUGAGACGUGUGGACAGGAUGGAGCACUCCAUCGGCAGUAUAGUGUCCAAGAUAGAUGCUGUAAUCGUGAAGCUGGAAACUAUGGAGAGAGCUAAACUCAAAAGGAGAGAUGUGCUGGGCAGACUGCUGGAUGGAGUCAUGGAGGAUGAGCGUCUGGGACGGGACACAGACGUCCACAGGGAGCAGAUGGAGAGGCUAGUGAGGGAGGAACUGGAGCGAUGGGAGUCUGAUGAUAUGGUCUCACAGGUCAGCCACCCACAGCCCACCACUCCUGUCGGCCCCCGGCCGCGCCCAUCCUCCUCCCUGUCCACCGACGGCCUCGACACAAGCACAAACGGAGGUAGCCAUGUGUGAGGACUUGGCCCGCUGAAGAAUAUUCCACUCUGGCAAGAAAACUCUCCAAUGGAAAUUUCCCUGCAGCGGUACAAGUAACUGAAGAUGUGGGACCAUUUUUGCAAAAGAAAAGAUACCAUUUCUUGACAUAUUUCAAAAGGAGGUGAUCAAAUCAAACGCACUUCACCUCAAAUAUUUAAAUGCACUGAAAAUGAGUGAGGUUCUCCUCUGAGACAUCUAAAAGUAUUCACUUAAGCUAUUAUCAAGUAUUACUUUAACAGCAGAAGAAUAAUGAAGAUGUACAGUACAGUGUUACAUCACAGUAUUAUGCACAGUAUUGGAUAUAAUACACCAACCUGCAAGCAUAUUCAGUUGUACUCAGCGAAUACACAGUUUAUGAUUUUAGUAUUACAUGAGAAAUAUGCUCACCUGCUUUUGAUUACUGUAUCCACACAUCGCAGCAUUUACACAAAUACCAAAAAGACAUUUCUAUGACUGUUAAUUAUGCUGAUUAUUUUUUUCAUCAUUUUAAUACACAAUAGGUACAAGUGUGGCACAUUCUGUCAUAUUUACUCAUCCUCUGUACAUCAAUUAAGCUUCAAAUUAAAUAGCUUAUUAUCAUUUUAUGAUACAUAUUGUAACUUAAAACAAACUUCGAUUUGGAGUGCAUCUAGUGUUCAUGGGAAACCCAUGCAUUUAUUAUGUUUUCUCUGUGCCUUACUUUUUGUUUUUUACAAUCUAUUUCUUUUUUAAAUCUGUUAUGCCAAAUAAAGUGUUAUUAAAAUAUAAUUUCUCUGUUUUGGAUUAUGAUUCAGUUUAAGUGACAAGACAACAACCAUAAAUAUGAUUCAGUAACAAAAGGAUCUAAAACACUGUCUUCCUUUUUAAACAUAUUAACAUUGACAAUACCACAUACUAUAUAUAUUUAGGAUGACGUC